AUGGCAUUUCGGUACAUCUUUGUGAUAAGCGCUGUGGUGGUUCUGGCCCAAGGAUCCUAUCUGUCCUCUGUGGACCAGGAAUCAGAGGUUGGAGUCCAUAGCUCUGGUGGUGUGUCGUCUGGAGCCGGUAUUCCACGAGGAUAUCCCGCAGCACCGCAGCCACAACGCCCCGUUUCUGGUCAUGGGGGUUCCUAUGGACCUGCGGGAGGAUCCCAGCAGCGCCCUCGUCCCCAUGGAGGUUCCCCUCGCCGUCAGACCGGUGGAUAUAAUCGCCCUGCUGCGGCCAGUCAUGUCUCUGGUGGUGUCCAUGGAGGCCGUCCAAUUGGUGGUGGAUCCGGCCACGGAAAUCCUCACCAGAACCGCAAUCGCAACCCAAAGCCCUAUUAG